AUGAAGGUGAUCCCGAGCGUCCUGGCCUUCAGUGCAUUUGUCACUGCCCUCGUCUUCAUCCCACAGACUUCUCAUGCUCAAGAUGUCAUUGAAGCUGAACCGGGUACCGCACUGUUCGAGCAGUUCCGUCCGGUUUACCACUUUGCUCCCCGUGAAAAGUGGAUGAACGACCCGUGCGCACCGUACUACGACGAGGCCACAGGUUUGUAUCACAUGUUCUACCAGUCGAACCCAAAUUCAACGAUCUGGGGCAACAUGACCUGGGGCCACGCCGUGUCAAAGGACCAGGUGACUUGGGAGGAUUAUCCAGAUGCGCUCCACCCGUUCGAGGACAAGUGGGACAACCUCGGUGUGUUCUCGGGCUUUGCGAUGAACAAUGCCAUCGACGGCAAGCAAACCGUGUUCUACACGGGUGUCACUGCUCUCCCCAUUUCGUGGAAGAAGGAGUAUCUCUUUGGUGAGCAUGUCGUGUACGCUACCACGGACGAUGGCGGAAAGACCUGGCAGAAGGGCAGCGAGCCUUUGAUCGAGCUGCCGCCGCAGGGUCUUAACGUGACCGGCUGGCGUGACCCGAUGCCGUUCCACUCGAAGUCGCUUGACGCUCACUUCGGCUACGACGCCUCAAACGGCAGCAACUACAUUCUAGUCGCUGGUGGCAUCCACGAUGUCGGUCCGCGUAUUUUCCUGUACCAUGCUGAAGACUACGUCAACUGGGAGUACCAGGGCUACCUACUCGCCCAGGAAAAGAACACCACGUUCUCUCCCUACAGCGCGAACUGGGGCUACAACUUCGAGACUACUAUCUACCGUGAGAUGACAGAUGAGGACGGUGAGCUCCACAACGUGAUGCUGUUCGCCGCGGAGGGUGAUCCGAACCGGUACCCGAUGUGGGCCACAGGUUCAUUUUCCGGUGGUGGCUGCGGCGUGGAGGUCGAUCCUGAGGCGGGACUAUUCACGCCUCUGAUGGUGGGCGUGUCGGACCGUAGCGACUGGUACGCCAACAGCAUCUACACCGACAAGGACGGGAAGGACGUCCUGAUCGGCUGGAUCACCGAGGACAACAACUUCACCACGGGACAGCCUCAGGGAUGGGACGGUAUCCUGUCGGUGCCCCGCGAGGUAGGUAUCACCAUUGUGCGUGAUAUCUAUGACGUCGACGAGCACCUGGUCGGUAAGGGUGACUGGAUCGUGUCCGACUCGAAGGACGUGUCGUGUGGUGACGGCACGACCAAGCAGAGCAAGACCAUUAAGACGCUCGGCGUUAAGCCGCUGAGUGACCUGCAGCUGCUCCGUAACGAGAACGCGAUCGAGCAGGUAGCGAGCGUGUCGGUGAACGGUUCGUCGCAGGUGCUGAACUCGACGGGUGCUUCGUUCGAGCUGAUCGCUGAGGUGUCGGACUUCGAGCGCGGCAGCAAGGUGGGCUUCGAGGUUCGCCGCAGCUCGGCUGGCGAUGAGGUGACGACCAUCGUGUACGAUGACGCGGAGAAGAAGGUGAUCAUUGACCGUUCGAAGAGCUCCAACACCGAGUGUACCGUGUUCAAGGACAACGGCGUCAAGCCGAUUUCGGACUCUGUGUGGGGAUAUUUCUACCUGUAUGACCUGUUCACGGGUGCUUCUCAGAACGACGUGUGCGAGGCCACCCGCGAGAAGCUGAGCUUCCACGUGUUUGUGGAUGUGUCUAGUGUGGAAGUGUUUGUGAACGGCCGCUUCUCGCUGUCGGCCCGCGUGUACCCGUGCGCCACCCAGACGAAGUCGGACGGCAUUGCUCUGACGGCUUCUGGUAACUCUACGUUCGAGAAUGUGCAGGUGUGGACGGAACCUAAGCACGCUUGGGCCGAGACGCGCACGGUGACCGCCCUCUAAGCAGAUUGAGAUGAAUAGGCAUGUCUUAAAAAUAAAGUAAAAAGAAGCAUGAC